AUGAUCAACUUACCCACCGGGGUCACCGCAGUAGCGGCUAUCGCCUGCGCUUUAUCCCCCAUCGGCGCUUCUGCGAAGGCCACAGGCCCAUACAAAGCUACAUGGGAAUCAACCGACAAGCACAACCCCUCGCCUGAAUGGUUCCGGGAUGCCAAGUUUGGUGUUUACUGGCAUUGGGGCGCUUUCACCACAGCCCAGUAUGCCAGCGAGUGGUACCCACGCAACAUGUAUGAGCCCAGUUCAGACCAGCGUAAGCACCAUACAGAGGUGUAUGGACCCCCCGAGGAAUGGGGCUAUGAGAACUUCAUUAAGGGUACCAAGGACCGCCAAGGAAACUUUGUCCAAUUCAAGCCUGUUCUCAAGUCGAAAGGCGGCGAGCCUGUCGGCGAGCAUCACGAUGGCUACUCUAUGUGGGACAGUAAAGUCAACGAGUGGAAUUCUGUCAAGAUGGGUCCCAAGAUAGACCUUGCCAAGCUCUGGGCUGACCUUGUUCGCAAGAACGGGAUGAAGCUCGUUGUUGCCAUACAUCAGGCUUACAACUACAAUAGGUUUUACCAAUGGGCUCCCCAAACCAACGACACGAGCUUGCAGAAAUUACUUGGUCAACUGCCUCGCAAAGAAUCUGACAAGCUAUGGUUCGACAAGCACCGCGAGAUGCUGGAUCAUGUGCAGCCCGAUAUUAUCUGGAACGACUUCUCCCUCAACAGUCCCGGCGAGUGCGGUAGUUUUGAAGGCCCAUGUGCCGUUGAUGAGCAGACGCGUCUUGACUUCCUGGCAUACUACUUUAACCGCGGCGUUGAGUGGGGUAAGGAGGUUGUCACCACCUACAAGCAUCACGACUUCGGGUUCCGCCUCACCUCAGCUGUGAAUGAUUAUGAGCGUGGCGGACCGGCCAGUAUCACACGACCAUACUGGUUGACUGAUGACGCUAUCAGCGCUUCAAGCUGGAGCUACACCGUUGGCAUCAAGUACUACACAUCCAAGGCCAUGGUACACUCCCUGCUCGACCGCGUUAGCAAGGGCGGCAACAUGCUACUUAACAUCUCGCCUACGGCAGCUGGUGUCUUGCCCGCUGAACAGGUCGAGGUCCUACACGAUAUUGGAGACUUCCUUGGUCGCUUUGGCGAGGCUGUUUACGAUACACGAGCUUGGGAUGUGUACGGUGAAGGCCCCAGUCAGGUGACUGGUGGUUCUUUCAUGGCUCCUUUGCUGGGCAACAGUAGCGACAUCCGCUUCACGCGUAACAAAAAAGGGAAUACUCUCUAUGUCUCGGUUCUUGGUUGGCCUGAAGAUAACAACGUCUCAAUUGAUAUUCUUGGUUCUGACGCUAUCGUUGAUUUGAAAACACUCAAGUCCAUCGAACUUCUCGGUAACAAGGCUGGUCAAUACAAGAAGGUGGCCAAGUGGGAGCAGACCAAGGACAGCCUCGAUAUCUCGCUACCUGUCAAGCCCAUGGAAUCCUUUGCCUACGUCCUCAAGCUGAAGUUUGACAAGAUGAUCCCCGUUCCUCAGCCUAAGCACGGUGCUGCCGUGUUUUCCGCUAACAGCGCCACUGGUCACGGUGUUACUCUUGGUUUAGGGAAUUUCAAUAAUGUCUUCUUGGCAGAGGCUGGCCUUAAGCCUGAAGAUAUUCGCUUCAUUCGUGUGUCUGCCGGUACGAGGAUAACCGUCUACUCGAAAGGCAACCUUUCUGGCAAUGGAAAACAGCUUGAGGCUGGAGAGCACUCAGUCAAGAAAGGUUCUGUAGGAUCGAUUGCCAUUUCGAAGGCCUGA